GGUUACAAAAAUUCAAACAAACAUUGGGAUUUCUUCUUUUGAUUUGAAUCACAACAUAUCUUUUAAGUCUCAAGAGCUUCACAAAAAUGUUACUAGAGACCCCAAAGAGUGACAACUCAUUCAAGCCAAAAGGAAUAAUUUCAAGCCUCUUCCAUAAUGCAUCACCCCAAAAUGCCUUCUCUCCUUCACAUUCAUUGCCAACUUAUUACUCUCCUUCCUCUCCUAAACAACAUACAUUUUCCGUAGCAAUGAUGGAGGAGAACAUUGACAAUGCAGAAAAAACAAUCACCAAAUGGGAUCUAACAUCUUCCUCAUACACCAAACUCACCUUUCUCUUCCAAGACAGCAGGAAAGAUGCCACGGAGUUCAUCAAAUCCGUCAAGGAGUUGAGACGGGCCAUGCACUAUCUGGUGGCUGAAAACUCUGCGUCUUCUAAGCUUGUACUCGCUCAAAAACUGAUGCAAACAGCCAUGAAAAGGCUAGAGAAAGAGUUCUACCAGAUACUCUCCAAGAACCGUGAUCAUCUUAACCCCGAAUCCAUUUCAAGCAGAUCUUCGGUGGGGUCUAGCAGUUUUGGAGAAGAAGACGAUGCUCAAUCAAAUGACGAGUUGGAGAUUCUAAGCGAGUCAGUCACAGAGGUGAAAAAAGUCUCAGAAAUUGCCAUGUCUGAUCUCAAGUCUAUAGCUGAUUGUAUGAUUGUCUGUGGCUAUGGCAAGGAGUGUGUGAAGAUAUACAAAGUCAUCAGAAAAUCGAUAAUCGACGAGGGGUUGUAUGGACUCCGAAUCGAACGGUUCAAGUCUUCCCAAGUUCAAAAAUUGAAUUGGGAAGCUCUGGUGGGGACAAUCAAGAACUGGAUAAAUGCCAUAAAGAUUGCUGUGAAAACACUCUUCAAUGGAGAGAAGAUUCUAUGUGAUCAUGUGUUUUCGGCGUCUGUGACAAUAAAAGAUUCUUGCUUCUAUGAAAUAACAAAAGCAGGAGCAAUUGAUCUGUUCAAAUUCCCUGAACUAAUUGCAAGGAGCCACAAGAAAUCACCCGAAAGAAUCUUCCAGCUAAUGGAGCUCUAUGAAGCAUUCUCCGAGCUUUUGCCCGACAUAGAAUCAAUUUUCAGCUCCGAAUCAACCUCAGCUAUUAGAUCACAAGCCCUUUCAUCAUCUCUCAAACUCCGAGAUUCCAUCCCCUCGAUCCUACAGGAAUUCGAAUCGAAAAUUCAGAAGAAUUCCUCGAAAACACUGAUCUUUGGUGGAGGAAUACACCCGGUAACCCAAUCGGUUGUGGACUACAUAUCCUCCCUAGCGGAUCACAGUGGGGUUCUUUCCGGCAUCCUGGCUCACUAUCCCCCACCGGGGAAUUCACCACUCAAUGAAUCUUUCUUUGAGAGCCUAACAACCUCCUCCGAUAGUCCAGCACCGGAUGCAGCCUCGGUCCACCUAGCCUGGCUCAUAUUAGUCCUAUUGUGCAAGCUGGAUUGCAAAGCUGAGCUUUACAAAGAUGUGUCUUUGUCAUAUCUUUUCCUUGCCAACAAUCUCAACUUCAUUGUUGAGAAAGUGAGAACCACCAACCUAAGGUUCCUACUUGGUGAUGAGUGGAUAUCCAAGCACACAAAGAAGGUUCAUCAAUACACUUUGAGCUACGAAACCAUGGCGUGGACAAAGGCGUUGUCGUCUUUACCAGACAAUAACGCCUCUUCUCCGUUGUCAACUGAGAUGGUAAAGGAGAGUUUGAGGAAAUUCAAUGCAGCUUUCGAAGAAGCGUACAAGAAACAGGCCUCGUGGAUUGUUCAAGAUGGGAAACUGAGAGACGAGUUGAAGGUCUCGAUAGCAAACAAACUCGUGCCCAAGUAUCGACAAUUCUACGAUGCAAACUUGGAUGUGCUAUGCAGUGAGGAGAAGAAUUCUUUGCAGUUGUUGGUGAGAUUCUCUCCUGAUGAUUUGGGGAACUACUUGUCAGAUUUGUUCCACGGCGCGUCUAACUCGGGUAGUUCCAAGUCGUCGUCAUCUUCAUCAUUGUCUCCACAUAGAUGUCUGUCCCGUUGAACUCUCAUGUAAUGAGUGCAAAAUGUGUACAAAAUUUCUC